AUGACCUCAUCACUCACAUUAUCCACAGAUCAUGUUCUUCAGCUUUCAAAACAGCACCUCAAUCAACAUUGUUGGAGCGCUCGCAUACAGGAAAAUUUCUACAACUGCUCUCUCCCGCGAUGUGCAGGUCGAGCGCAUGGAUCGGUGGCCGCUCUGAAAACCCAUGUCGAGCUGAGUCACCUCUCUCGGGUCGCCCUCUCAUGUCCAGCCCGAGGAUGUGAUCAGCUCUUUGGCCGUACUACGGCUCUCGAAACCCACUUUGUAACGAGUCACUGGCAGCUCGUCAAUACAGUUAUCACCUUUCCAUCUGCGACUAUCAAUGCUACAGCUAUUCCAUUCGCUCCUCAGAUCAAACGCUUUCUGCCUCCUCUUCCUGAUAGUCCGGUGCCGGCACACCUAGCGGUUCCUCUCGUCUUUCCAAAUCAACAUCUUAAGCGCAAAAGCUCUCCCCAAGAGCCUAUCAGUCGCAAGUGGAGCCGAAUGGAGGUACAGGAUGAGGAGGACGGGCAUGAGCAUAUAGCCUUUGAUAACCUAAAUCACUCUGUGAUCCAAAAAUCUACGGGGCCCUUUGCUGUGGAGGUGCAUUUGAAGCCUCCGAAUCUUGAUAGGCAGCUCUCGCGACCGCUGCCCAUCGUAUCUUCACCACGACGUUUCAAUGUACCGAGGUCCAUGUUGUUUGACGAGUUAAUCAAGCGGAAUGCUUUGGAUGUUGUAGAUAGCCGGAGCGGGCUGUGA